AUGACUAGUGAACGACUGCUGUCAGUCAUUGUUACGUCAGCAAUUAUUUUCUUUUCAAUUAUUCAUCUUGGUGUGGCUGCUGGAAUUAUCAAUAGAGUGAGACAAUACGGUGGCAUGUUUCAACCACAAGAAGGUCUAUGUGGUUUUAAUAUUGUUAUCAGUCUCAUUGGUCUUCUUGUCGGUGGUUUUGGCUUAUUGGCGGCGUUGACAGAUCGGGGACAAUUAGCCAAAAUUGUUGCAUUAGUUUCUGCUGUCUUGACCGUAUUUACAAUUGCGUCGUUGAUCACAGCUCUUGCUAUUAAUCAUGAUACAGUAAACUAUUUAGACUCUCGUUUCCAAUAUUACAUGGUUCAAUUUUCAAAAAGUACCCAAGCACGAAAUAUAAUGAAUCAACUUCAGCAUAAAUACAAAUGUUGCGGAGAAAAUAUAUGGACAGACUGGUACUUUUUUCUUCAACGUACAACAAUUGCAACUGAUGGUGGUGGUAGUAACAGUAAUAGCGGUUCAAGUGGUUCAAGUGGUUCAAGUGGUUCAAGUGGUCAAGACGGUAAUCCAGUUUCCAAUGGUCGUCGCCGUAGAAAUGAAAAUGAUGAACAGUCGUCGCCACUUCAGCGUGCUAUUUAUAAGCGUCAAACCAAUUCAGGACAAUCUGAAAAUAACGUCGACAAGCAAGAAUAA